AUGAGUGGCUGGGAAAGCCUGUAUCAUACAGCAGCAGGCGACUAUAACAACGGGAACUAUAAGGACUCGUACUCCAACUAUUUAAAAGCAACUAACGCGCUGAUAUACAAACUUAGUCAUGAGGUUUCUUUUUCUAAUAGAGAUACUGUAAAAACUAAACCACAUAACGCAGCGCAUCUGUUUACUCAGCUCAAGUUAUGUGUUCAAAGGCUCGAGGAUAUUUUACAAAAUAGGACUACAAAUGGAGCUUUUUCCCCUCUUCAACCAUCAAGUAUUGCUGAUACAUCUACAAUGAUUACUCCUAAUCCCACUCCAAAAUGUUUACCCCUUAUUCCCUUUUCACCACUCACUCGACAAUCCAUGCAUUAUGUUCAUGAACUGGCCACUGUCAAUCAAAAAGUUUCCAUUGCUAGACAAAAGAGUUCAGAUGGUAAUAACAGUCUUUCUAAUCAUCGUAAAUUAGACGAGCAAGUCCGUCAACAGAAAACCAAGCUCGACCAAGUCAAUAAUCAGAUCCAAUCUAUUGCUGAGGUCACCCUCAUCUAUUGGGAUCACCCCAAUGACGUUUCUACACAAUUGACUAUUAUUGACAGUGAUUUAUUCAAAAAAGUUGAUUUAAAAAAUUUAAAAGAUAAAAAAUCAUCAAAAGCACAAGCAUGCAUGGAUUUUCAUCGUUAUUUGACUAAUAGCUUCACCCACCAGUUCAUGAUUUAUGCUGAUACAGCCCGAACUUCGAUGAAUCCAUCACGUAGUGCUCAGAAUUCUAGGGAAAAUAUUAUUGCUCACGCUGUAAAAAUUGCAUUUUAUUUAUUAAAUGUUCAUCGUAAUUUUAACAGUUUUGCUGCUUUAAUGAAAGCUCUUACAUCUCCGGAAGUCCGUAGAAUAAGACGAUUGUGGGUUGGUUUACCCAGUCGUACUACUCAAAGACUUAAAGAGUUAUCAAUACAUAUUAAGAAAGAAGAUAAUGAUUACAAAGCGUAUAAGGAAAUACUCUCUCAAAAGAUGGAAUCUUUUCGCGACGUUAACCAAGGAAUGGUUGUUGUUCCUUGGAUGCAACCUCACUAUGAGGAGAUUAAAGCUAUAACCCAAUCGUAUACUAGUGGUAAAUCUGGAGAUAGCGCUGAAGUUAUUCUUUCAGCUCCAGGUCAACGUAAAUUAACGUCAAUUUACUCUCUUCUUGAGAAAUGUCAAUCUAACGUUGUUAGUAUAGAUGAAGAAGAAUGGCACUCAAAUAAUUUUAAUGGUAUUCGUAAAGUUUCUCCUUCAAAUUCACGUUCAAGAGAUACAAUCACGGUGGAUGGAACUCCUAUCAAUUUGCCUUUGGACCUCUCAUGCUUGGGUAACGGAAACUUUGAAUUGCAUCAUUGGCUGGUAUCUCGUGUUUAUUUAACUAAACAACAAUUAAUUGAUGAGAGCAAGGUUAUUGAACCACUUGGAGAAAAUGAGCAAUUACUUUGCACUGAGAAUGAAGAAGAAGAAGUGUCUGAAAACAAUGGCGUGAGGCCCUAUGACAUCUGUAGCGAAGAUUGUGGAGAUAUCGUCGAAGCUGGUUCAUCAUCGAACCAUGAAAUGAUCAAUGGAUCAAGAUCUCAAACCAAUAAAUCUUCUCCUAAUAAAUUAGAACAACAUAAUAGUGUUUUAUCAGGAUUAAUUAAUAAACAAGAGCGAAGAGAAUCAACAUCUUUUGUUAAUGGUACAUCUUUAACUUCCGCAUCACGAGAAAUUUCUGAAUCCGAAGAGAUCGCAAUUGCAAUAAAAUCAAUGGAAGAAUCUAAAUUUAACAUGGAUGAAAAUGAUUCCGUUGGUACAAAUUCUUCUAAUAUUACAAAUGGCACAAUUGAUACAACAAUUUCUAGCUUUACAAGUAAAACGAAAGCUAUACCUAUCCCCAAAGCAGCAAGCCAUAAACCUCAUCAACAUUCUCUAUCGCCUUCUUCUACUUUAACCAAUCUUAAUCCUAAUGCUCAACCCUUUAUUCCUCGUGUAAGUUUAUCCAGUUCAGCGCCAGGUCCCACUUCAGACAUGGGAAUUAAUAUCAAUGGUCCCAUUAAGGAAUUAGAAAUGGGUGAAAAGAAUAAAAUUAGAAGCAACCCUACUUCGACUCUUGCGAAACAUAAUGCAGACGAUGAAGAUUUUUUUAUUUAUCAAACAACAUCACAAGACGAAAAUGAUGAAGGCGAAGGCUCUAGCUCUAAAUUUGUUUAUCCAGCACCCGAACAUGAUAAUGUUAAUAAGUUAAAUGGAGUUACUAAGGUUGAUAAAUCUUCUGAAAAUGGAAGUGUUCCAAAUUCAAUCACGGUGAAACUUUCAGCAGAAGGUAAUUUAACAAAGUUGACAAUGGCCACCGGAUUAACUGUGCCCACUGCUGAGCAGAUCCGAGUUCCUGAAACUCUCUUAAAAAAGAGGAAAAACCAGGAGAAGAUUGCUGCAGAAAAGGCUACUGCUCUUGCAGAGAAACGCAAGGCAACCAAGAAGACUCGUAGAGUAAUUUUCAAACGUGCAGAACAGUACGUUAAAGAAUACCGUGCUGCAGAACGUCAAGAAAUCCGGUUGCGUCGUCAAGCAAAAGCAUGUGGUAAUUUCUAUGUCCCAGCUCAACCAAAAUUGGCUUUUGUUAUUCGUAUUAAAGGUAUCAAUCAUAUUCCUCCUAAACCACGCAAGAUUCUUCAACUCUUGCGUCUCCUCCAAAUCAACAAUGGAAUAUUUGUUAGACUAACCAGAGCAACUAAACAAAUGCUUCAACUGGUUACACCCUAUGUUGCAUAUGGUGAACCCAAUUUAAAGUCAGUCCGUGAACUCAUUUACAAACGUGGAUUCGCAAAAGUAAGCAGGCAGCGCAUUCCUAUAACCGACAACUCUAUCAUUGAACAAAAUCUGGGCAAAUUUGGUAUUAUUUGUGUUGAAGAUUUGGUACAUGAGAUUUUCACAGUUGGGCCUAACUUCAAACAAGCCAACAACUUCCUUUGGCCAUUUAAGCUUUCCAAUCCUACUGGAGGCUGGCAUACCAGGAAAUUUAGGCAUUAUAUUGAAGGCGGUGAUUUUGGCGAUCGUGAAGAUCGUAUUAAUGAAUUAAUUCGCAAAAUGAACUAA